AUGGAGGGCUUAUCUCGAGAUGAGAUAUUGGCACGAUGGGAUGAGAUCAUCAAAUCUGGCGGACAUUGUUCUCCAGAAGAGCACAAUUUGAUUCAAAGGAUGAUUUCUGCCAACCUUGCGCAAAGCUUUGGAGGUCGGGAAAUCCGUCGCCCCCUAUCUCUAGUCGACCCUGAUCUGUCAAUCUCGGAUCAAAAAGAGCUUACAGCCAUUCAGCGGGACUAUGUUGCCAGUGUUGAACGGUACGCAUCUCACAAUAUGGUCUUCUUCAAUACCUUGGAGCAGCAAAAGGAGCUUGCAGGAAGCAUUUCGGAACGCAGAGAAGCCGAAGAAGAAGAAGAAAUGGCCUUGGACAAGGAGAUCCUAGAGAUGCAUCUGGAGGUGACACGACUGGAAAAGGAACAAAAUCGUCGUGAGACUGUCAUGCGAUCCCUUGGAGAGCUCGAAACCAUGCCUGCCGGCCAGCCUGAUUUCCUCAAUCCCGAGAUCAUGUACCGGGAUUGUCGCCCACUUCCCGAAAUGCCAAAGCAGAUGAUUGACGGUUUCGCCAUCGAUCACUCCGCCACGGAAUCCAGGGCUGAAGAACUUUUACAGGACCUCAAGAAGCACGUUUUGCGGAGCAAACUUGUGGCGCAACGAGAACAGCUUCUUGAUGAGCAAAGUGAGGCGCGGAAGCCGUUCAACGUCAAGGGCUUGUCACCCGAAGCCAAGUUGUAUGCGCUCAACGCCGUGAAGAACGCCUUGAUACAGUGGAUUGAGACGCAGCUGGCGAAAGCGGGCGACGAUGGAGCGGACUCGGACCUUGAUCAAGAGCCCGUCACCACCAAGACGGAAUACGAUCACGAGGCCGUCAUGGCAGGCUUACAGCAGAAAUAUCAACGGCACAUUGAGCUCAGACAGAAUAUCCUCGAUCAGCUGGCUCAGAUGGACCACAUCAAAGAGCAGCUCAAAACCACUGCUACCGAUGCCAACUCGCACCAUGCUCAACAGAAGCCAGUGGUAUCGAAAGAACCUAGCCAGUCAGCUCAUACACCCGAUGCAUAUCUCUUCACGCCCUACAUUGAGCAGUUCCAAACUCUAGCUCGCCAGCAAAAGGCAAUGAUGCAGCAAAAGUCGCAUGUCAAUACGACCUUGGCCAAGCAAAAAGAAGACACCAUCCAAGCACUGGAACAUCUGGCUGGAAAAAGCCGGCUUCUACCCCGAUACCCGAUACCCAAAGAGCCAAACGAGGCUCAGCCCAACUUUGAGGACGCCACAAGUUUGAUUGGUAAAAUGAAAAUCACCGAGCAAGUUCAACCCUGGCUCUAUGCCGCGGAUGAAGCCAAACUCGCGACUCUAGUUGAAGUGGCCGAAAAUGUCGAGGUGGGCAUGGAGUCAGUGAACGAGGCAAGAGGUUAUAUGGCGCACAUCUGCAAGCUACUGGAUAUUGCGAUUCCAGGACAAGGACAAGAAACAGCGCUGCCAGGCAAUGCAGACGCCGAAGCGACUUCCAAGAAUCCUGUCAAGGCACCAACCAAGGGAGAAAAAGCCCCCGUCAAGACGAUAUGGGAUAUGCUAGAUGGUAACUUGGGAUCCAUUAAUGAGUAA